CAUAAACAUGAUAUCCUUAUAAAACCCUAAACUAGCAGUAAAGAUUUUAGGUGGUUAAGUAGUUCUAAAAAUGGAGAAAAAAUUGUGCGUAUUUUUACUUCUUGGAUUUUGGAACGUACAAGCACUUAAAUCAUCUCGCAUUAUUGGCGGCCAGGAUGCCAAAGCCGGUCAAUAUCCUUUUUCAGCUGCAAUUUAUAUAAACACUCAAACCGGGAGAUAUUUUUGUGGCGGUGCUCUUAUUAGUAAUCAUUGGAUUUUAACAGCAGGCCAAUGCGUUAACAAUGCUGUGUUUUUUACAGUACAUUUGGGGUCAAACACAUUAGAACAAGACGACUCAAAUCGUAAAAUCUUAGCUUCGUCUCGGUAUGUUUUGCAUCCAGAUUUUAAUCCAGAUACGCUGGAAAAUGACGUUGGGCUUAUAAAAUUAAGAGAACCUGUUAUGUACAAUGACUACAUACAGAGGAUUUUAUUAGCCUAUGACUAUACAGAUGAUGACACUGAUCUCACAGCAAUUGGAUGGGGACAGACCAGUGAUUCCAAUAAUGCACUUUCCGAGCAUUUGCAAUACGUGACAUUGGCUGCUAUCCCAAAUGAUGAUUGUGUGGCGGUUUACGGAGAUCAAAUUUCUGAUCACAUGAUUUGUGUAGCAGGGCAGUUUAAUGAAGGAACUUGUAUUGGUGAUACUGGAAGCCCACUUUUGGACAAUGAUCCUGUAAGUCGUAGUUUACGACAUGUUGGAAUUGCUAGUUUUAUUAGUGGAAACGGAUGUGAAAGCACCGAUCCAUCAGGAUAUACCAAAACCUAUUCGUUUAGGGAGUGGAUACGCAAUGUGACAAGUUUGUAAUUGAAAUAAAAUAAAAUGUUAAAUUAAA